AACAACGGCCAGUUCCUCCUGGCGGUGGAUGCAGACAGCGAGCACCUCCUCUCCGUCUGGACGUGGGACAAUGAACACGUUUUUGGCAGAGUGGCGACCCACCAAGACCACGUGUGGGGCGCUGCCUUCCACCCACUGGACAACAACCUCAUCGUUACCCAUGGGCGGGGGUUGCUGUGCAUUUGGUCCAGGAGGAAAGACGGCAUUUUCCAGCGGUCUGAUCUCGUGCAGGAGGACUCCGGUAGGAACAUCACCUCCAUCGAGUUCACGCCUUCGGGAGAUCUUAUCAGCGGAGGGGGCGAGGGACUCAUCACGGUGUGGGGCGUGGAUGCUGAGGGAGAGUACUUUGUCAAGAGGGAAUUCCAGGGCCACUCCGGACCCAUCAACUCCCUCCAGAUCCUGAGUGAAGGGACGAUCCUCUCGGGGGGGGACAAGGACCGGAAGAUCAUCGCUUGGGACUGCGAUGAAGAUUUCGAGAAGAUCACCGAGACGAAGCUGCCGGAGCAAGCAGGGGGCAUACGCACACUCUACCCCCAGCGCCCAGGAUACCACGACGGCAACAUCUACGUAGGGACCACCAAGAACAUGAUUCUGGAAGGUUCUUUGCAGAGGAGGUUCAAUCAGGUUGUAUUCGGGCACAGUAAGCAGCUGUGGGCCGUGGCAGUGAACCAGCUGGAUGGAACAGUGGCAACAGCUGGCUACGACAAGCAUAUCGUCAAGUGGAGAGAGAACCAGCUGGAAUGGAGGAUUCAGGCCCAGAGUGAGUGUGUGAGCGUGGCGGUUCACCCGAUGGGAACCGUGAUUUCUGCAGGAACGAUAGACGGACAUUUAGUGGUUCUGAACAACAAUACGGGGUUACAUGUGGCUACUGUUAGAGUGUGUGGGUCGCCUCUCUCCUGCCUUGCAUAUAAUCCGGGAGGCGACAUCUUAGCCGUGGGUUCGCAAAACGGGUCUCUGUACCUUUACAAGAGCUCGAAGGACGGUUUUGUCUACAAUCGGUUCGGGAGGAUGACUGGUUCACAGCCUCUCUCGAGCAUUGACUGGAGCACUUCGGGGCGCUACAUGCAGACGGUCACUUCGGACUAUGAUGUUACCUAUUGGACCGUGAGAGAGCUGUCCAAAGUGAAGAAUUCUUUAGACGUGAGGAAUGAGACGUGGGUUACACAGACCUCUCCGCUCGGCUACAUGGUCCACGGAGUUUGGGGCGGAGGGAAGGAGGCCCAUAUCCAGGUGACAGUCGACAGAGGACCCAGAGGAGACGUCCUUGCAGCUGGUGACACGGAUGGCUACAUCAGGCUUUAUAGGUACCCCGUGCUAAGUAUGCGCGCCGGCUACCACGAGUACAAAGUCUACACUUCGUACGUGUCUGGAGUAAGGUUCUCUCAUACCGACAACUACCUCUAUACCAUUGGAGGCACGGACGCGGCGCUCAUGAGAUGGAGGCUCACAUAG